AUGAAAGCAUUUCACCUGCUUCGCAUACGUAUCUAUGUUCAGAAGAAAGACUUUAGACAGCAACUUCACUCGAAGGAAAAUGAUAUGAAGCAUAAGCAACAAAAUGAAAUACUCGACAGACAUCACCAUCAGUUAGCUAGAGAGAAAAAGUUAAAUUGUUGGGACGUGAUAGCUUCAAUAGCUUCCAUCCGAGCAAUGUUCAUGGACUCAUAA